CACCCCACUUCUUCUUCUCCUCUUAACCCUGCCCUCCUCCUCCUCCUCCUCCUCCUCCUCUCUCCACACCUCUGGAGCUUGAGCUUCGCAUCCUGCUCGCACGGAUCUCGUUUCAUGGCGGUGGACUGCGUGAAGAUGGCGGUGGACGACAACGAGAGGGCCAUCCAGGAAGCGGCCGCUGCUGGGCUGAAGAGCAUGCAGCAUCUCAUCUCCCUCUUCGCUGCUCCCCACGGUUCCGGUUCCGGUUCUAAUUCCGAUUCCAGUUCCAGCCCCGAUCCCCACCGCCUCCCGCCCCCCGACUCCGCCGCUCACCUCACCCACUUCACCGUCUCCAAGUUCAAGCAGGUCAUCUCCCUCCUGAACCGCACCGGCCACGCCCGCUUCCGCCGCGCCCCGCAGAAUCCGCUCCCCCUCGAUCUUGCGCCUGAAUCCAAACCCGAAACGAAGCCGAUGGCCAAGCCUCUGAGCCUGAGCCAGAGCCACCAUCACCCCUCGCUGUGCCAGUCGCAGUCGCAGUCGCAGUCGCAGUCGAAGGACUUCCUCAGCAUGUCCCAGCCCAUGUCGUCCGCGACCUCGUCCUUCCUCUCCACCAUCACCGGCGACGGCAGCGUCUCCAACGGCAAGCAGGGGCUGUCGCCCCCGACGAUGUCCGCCGGGAAGCCGCCUCUGGCGUCGGCUCACCGGAAGAAGUGCGUGGAGGAGGCCCUCUCCGCUGGGAGAUGCCACUGUUCGAAGAAAAGGAAGCACAGGGUGAAGAGGACGAUAAGGGUGGCGGCGGAGGUGCCGGCGGACCAGUACACGUGGAGGAAGUACGGGCAAAAGCCCAUCAAAGGAUCGCCAUUCCCACGAGGGUACUACAAGUGCAGUAGCGUGAGAGGAUGCCCGGCGAGGAAGCAUGUGGAGAGAGCCCAGGACGAUCCGAGGAUGAUGAUCGUGACGUACGAGGGGGAGCACCGUCACUCCGUCCCCAACGCCAUCUCCUACGCCCCAAUGCCCGACUCUUGAGAACCGAGAAAAGGGUUCAUGAGAUCUGGUCCAAAGGGCCUCGCCGUGGGGGGGCGGCGGUCACGGGAAACCGCAGCGGCGGAGAGCAAAAAGACAAGGGGGGGACAGGGCGAGAGUUCUCAACUCGUGCACGGAAUUCAACGCAAACGUCCAUGGGAAGAGAGUUGGGGGUGGAUGGGGCGUCUCUUUUUUUGGUUGCUUCUGUAAAUUAUA